AGAAGAAGAAGCUGUAGGCGGCACGGAAGUUUGUCUUCAGUCAAAAGCCGCUUUCUUCCAGUCGGCUCUCAGGUCUUAAAAACAUUAUGAAGCUGUAAACAUUUUUUUGUUUUGUGCACCAUUCAUUCCCUCUGCCUGAUAAACCGGGUCGACCAGUUGUCUCUCCUCGGGUCUCUCCGCGGUUACUUCCCGGCUUUUUUCCCGAGUCUUUCUGGGUCCAUUCUGAAAUGUCCGGAAAUGGUGGCUCGGCUGACGGCCUUCUGUCAUACGAGACGUUGGUUCAUGCGGUGGCAGGAGCAAUGGGGAGUGUGACAGCCAUGACUGUCUUCUUCCCUUUGGACACGGCCAAAAGCAGAUUGCAGGUGGACGACAAGCGAAAGUCGAAGUCCACUCCWGUCAUUCUGGCUGAGAUAGCCAAGGAAGAAGGCUUUCUGUCUCUGUACAGAGGUUGGUUCCCAGUCAUCUCCAGCCUUUGCUGCUCCAACUUUGUCUACUUCUACACCUUCAAUGCGCUGAAGAAGGCGGCUGCAUCUGGACCAGGYAAACCCAGACCGAGCAGAGACCUGCUGAUGGGGAUAGCAGCGGGGGUGGUGAAUGUGAUCCUGACGACUCCCAUGUGGGUGGUCAACACUCGCCUGAAGCUGCAGGGGGUGAGGUUCAGAAACGAGGACCUCCACCUGACCCAGUACAGAGGCAUAUUCGAUGCUUUCUCACAGAUCAUUUCUAACGAGGGAGUGAGAACGCUGUGGAACGGCGUUCUGCCGUCUCUCGUUCUCGUCCUCAARCCGGCCGUGCAGUUCAUGAUUUAUGAAGCCAUGAAGAGGAGGGCAGGAAAGGGAGCAAGAAAGAUAUCCUCCGCAAAUAUUUUUCUCAUUGGAGCUGUUGCCAAGGCCAUUGCUACCACAGCGACGUACCCACUCCAAACAGUCCAGGCCAUCCUGAGGUUCGGUCAGUACAAAGGUGAUGGCAAGGGCGGUCUGAUGGGAAGCCUCUCGACUAUUUUUUUCCUGUUCGUGGAGAGGGUCAGGACCCACGGCUUUCUGGGUUUGUACAAAGGCUUGGAGGCCAAGCUGCUGCAGACGGUGCUGACGGCUGCCCUCAUGUUUGUUGUUUAUGAAAAGAUCACUGCUGCUACCUUCAAAGUCAUGGGUUUGAACAGAAAUCUGAAGCACUGAAUACAGAGCAGCUUUAGUGUCGUCAUUAACAGAAAGUUUUAUCGGUGCCUGCUACUGAUUUAUGAUUGUUUCAACGUGAUAUGCACUGUAAUUUGAGCCAGUUUGCUUUUCUAAAGUAUUUCCUGUGAACCCAG